AUGAGCAUCAUGAGGCAUGAGGUCUCAAGCUUACUUCGUCACCGCUCCAUGAGUGGCCUGGAGUGGCGGCAGCUACUUUUAUUGUGGAUACCGCUGGCAUGGCUUCUGUACUUCAUGAUGCUGGCCGUUCUGACAGCGAUCUACACUGCAGUCCGAAAGCGAAGUGCAAGGAAGCUUACGGAGGAAGAGGUCAACGAAGGUGAUGAUGCCGCCGUGAAGCGUGCGCACAGCAGGCGCUUCUCCACUGUUCCUAUGGGCGAUGAUGAGGAGGACACCACGCGGCAGGAAACAGUCCAAUCUGGCUACCAGACCUGGUUCUUUGGAUUGUUCCUUUACUGCCUGUGGAUUCUGGUCCCCAUUUUGUCGCAGGUCCAGCUUGCUUGGCUGACCUGCGAGCAGUACUUUGGCUUUGGAUGGGAUGCCACGGCGAAGCAAUUUAUCUUGAUAUAUGUGAUCUCACAUGUGCUCCUCUUCCUGGCCACAAAGUUCAGCGGUCAAGUGAAGACCUUCUUCCUGCAGCCGAGCCCAUUGGCCGAAGCGACCCACAUCGCCAUUUUUCCCAGAGACAAGACCAAAGGGCUUGCAAAGUUGGAAGUUGUGCGAGUAAGGCACUUUGAGGAAGAUGCAGGAAGUCCAGUAGAAGGCCGCUACUAUGAGCAUACCUGUGUGCGCUACCUUUGGUGUGAAGAUGCCCGGCGCUUUCGUCCAUCGGGAUUGACUGCCCCCACUGGCGAGGAGGCCUAUCAGGCGCUUGAUCGCGGCGGCCUGGACGAGAAGAUUGCGUUGGCUCGUCUUGCAAAGCAAGGAAGCAACACCAUCAAAGUGAAAGUCAAAGGCAUUCUGGCGUCAUUGAUGGCUGAAUAUUCAGAGCCGACGUACGUAUUUCAAAUGAUGUGCAUUUGGUGCUACCUGUUCUGGAAUUCCUGGAAUGUUGCAUUCCUCUGGGUUUUGCUGGUCUUCGGGAGCGGAGCAUGGACCAGCUUGAUGAUUCUUCGUCGGAAUCAACAGCAGAUUGCUGAAAUGGCAGCGGCUGGAGCAACACGAACGCAGAAAGUCCUCCGCAGCGGGCAAUGGAUGGAUGUGAAGGUCACGGACUUGACGGUCGGGGAUGUUGUUCAGGUGUGUGAUGGCAUAGUAUGCGCCGACAUUGUGCUGGUGUCGGGCAGCGCAGUAGUCAAUGAGAGCAUGCUGACCGGGGAACCCAUGCCCCUGCAGAAGGUAGGAAUCGAGCAGAAUUCUAAGCUGGCGUUUGACUACAAGAGGCAAGGGAAGAAGCACGGUCUGUUUGCAGGAACGGAGAUCUUGCAAAGUGUUGCAGACGAAGCAGCCAAUGCGAGCCGUGGAUCUACCUUUGCUGUUGGAGUGGUGAUGGCAAUCGGCGGAAGGACGACCAAAGGCAAACUCAUUCGAAUGGUGCUCUAUCCUGCAACCGUGAAGUUCAAAUACACAGAGCAGCUGCCUAUCGUUUACAGCUUCAUGACACUUUGGGCGAUGAUUUGCUUCGUGAACACCUUGCUGUUCCAGGGGCAGGGUUGGGUCAACGGCUGCUUCGCAGGCAUGGCCUUCCUCACUCAAGCGGUGAACCCGAUGAUGGCCGUGUCCUUCACCUUGGGCCAAAGCUGUAGCGCGGGGCGGCUGAGCGAAGGCGGCAUCGCCUGCCUGAACAUUGGAAGGCCGGAGCUCGGGCCGAGCGCGGCGAUUUGUUCUUGUGGCUCAAAAUUAAACGAUGGGAGGGGUUACGCGGGUUUUGGUCCAUGUUUCCACUUACCAGGGCAAGCCAUCUUGGUACCGGUUUUUUGA